CUCGGCCGGCUGCGCAGGCGCGUACGGUGCCGGCGCCGUGCUCGGGCGCCCUCUUCAGGUUGGCUUGAGGCAGCGCAGAGGAAGAUCAGCCCCGGCCCGAGCGGACCCGGAGGAGAGCUGAGGCAUCAUGGCGACGGUGCCGCAGCAGGGCAGAGUGAGCCUGAAGGAGCAGCGCUAUGACCGGCAGCUCAGGCUAUGGGGUGACCAUGGACAAGAAACUUUAGAAGCUGCUCACGUUUGUGUGAUAAAUGCAACUGCCACCGGAACAGAGAUCCUGAAAAACUUAGUCCUGCCAGGUGUUGGAUCGUUUACAAUUGUAGAUGGGAAUCAAGUCACCGGUGAAGAUGUUGGUAAUAAUUUUUUCUUGCAAAGAAGCAAUAUUGGCCAGAAUCGAGCCCAGUGCACAACUGAACUCUUGCAGGAAUUGAACAGUGAUGUUUCGGGGAAUUUUGUGGAAGAGAAUCCAGAUAAGCUUCUAGACAAUGAUCCCUCCUUUUUCUGUCGGUUUAACAUAGUGGUUGCAACCCAGCUUCCAGAAAGUACACUAAUCCGGCUAGCUGAGGUUCUCUGGAACUACAGCAUCCCACUCCUAGUUUGUCGGACUUAUGGUUUAGUAGGAUACAUGAGAAUCGUUAUUAAAGAACACUCAGUUGUAGAAUCUCACCCGGAUAACGCAUUGGAUGAUUUGAGGCUGGACAACCCAUUUCCAGAACUGAGGGAGCAUGUUCAGACUUACGACUUGGAUCAUAUGGAGAAAAAGGACCACAGCCACAUUCCAUGGAUUGUGAUUGUCGCCAAGUAUCUAGAAAAAUGGCAUAAUGAGAACGGUGGUCAGAUGCCGAAGAACUACAAAGAAAAGGAAGCUCUCCGAGAGAUGAUUAGGCAAGGAAUCUUAAAGAAUGAAAAUGGAGGCCUAGAAGAUGAAGAAAACUUUGAAGAAGCUAUUAAAAACGUGAACACCGCAGUAUCUGCUACUAAGAUACCAGGUUGUAUUGAAGACAUCUUCAUUGAUGAUCGUUGCAUCAAUCUCUCGCAGCAGACACCACCUUUCUGGAUUUUGGCCCGAGCUGUAAAGGAAUUUGUGGCAAAAGAGGGUCAAGGCAAUUUACCUGUCAGAGGCACAAUUCCAGAUAUGAUAGCAGAUUCUGGUAAAUUUAUCAAAUUGCAAAAUGUAUAUCGAGACAAAGCAAAGAAAGAUGCUGAAGCUGUUGGCAACUAUGCUGCCAAGUUGUUACAGUCACUAGGCAAGGCACCAGAAUCCAUUUCUCAGAAAGAGUUAAAACUGCUAUGCAGUAAUUCAGCAUUUCUUCGAGUGGUGCGGUGUAGAUCACUUUCCGAAGAGUAUGAUAUGAAUACUUCAAACAAAGAUGAAAUAAUUUCGCAUAUGGACAAUCCAGAUAGUGAGAUGGUGUUGUAUUUAAUGUUACGGGCUGUGGACAGAUUUUUUAAACACCAUGGUAGAUACCCAGGUGUUUAUAAUUACCAAGUGGAGGAUGAUAUUGGGAAACUGAAAUCUUGCCUCAAUAGUUUUCUUCAGGAAUAUGGAUUACCUGUAACAGUGAAGGAUGAUUAUGUCCAUGAAUUUUGCCGCUAUGGAGCUGCUGAGCCACACACCAUGGCUGCAUUUUUGGGAGGAGCUGCUGCUCAGGAAGUUGUGAAGAUCAUUACAAAACAAUUCGUCAUUUUUAACAACACCUACAUUUACAAUGGCAUGUCACAGACCUCAGCAACUUUUAAACUGUAGGCUCACCACAGUUCAUUGUCUGAAGCUAUAAUUGCUUUUGGUUUGCAUUUUGUUCCGUAAAACACUGCUGGUUGAGCUUUUGCUGCCAACUGUCCUUGUAUUUUGUUUUUUGUCAUUAAAAGCUCAUUUAAAUUGUG